AUGAACACUAUAGUCCUGUUUAAAACUCACAAAGAAAACUCUCACAAUUUUAUCCAAAUCCCUGGUAAACAUUAUAUACACCAAAGAUGUGCUAAUAUAACAUAUAAAAAUAAAAAAAAGUUAAACUUAAAAUUGUGGUCAUGUGAUGAUUGUAGUUCCCUUUCGUUUAAAGAAAUAACUAACGAUGAACUAACCAACUUCACCUAUAACUCCUUGUUAAACUGUCGUUGUCAAAGUAAAUUAAAUAUUUAUCACACCAACCAGUUUGACAACCUUUUAAACCUACCAGUCUUGACAAUCGAUAAUCCUAUUUCUGGGAACUCAUCUGUACCAUUUGUCCACAACUUCAAAUACUAUACUACUCAUGAAUUCCACAAACCUAGUAUGAAGGCCAACAUGAAUUCAAACAACUUGUCAAUACUACAUACAAACAUAAGAUCCUUUGCUAAAAACAUUAAUAAUUUGUGCAACCUAGUUGACCUUUUAGAUCAUAAAUUUGACAUCAUUGGACUUUCUGAAAUUUGGCAACAGAAUGGAUCAACAAUACAACCUGAAUCACUACCUGGUUAUCAUGUAUACGAACAUUGUUGUGGUACUACUAGAAACUCAGGGUGUGGGCUGUAUAUAAAAGAAAAUCUCAACUACAAGGUAAGACAAGAUCUUUCUACCUCUUUUUGUACUGAAAAUGAAGAGUUCCAAAUUUUAUUUAUAGAGAUACUGAAUGUUCACAAUGAGAACAUCCUAGUAGGUAUUACAUAUAGACAUCCGACAGGAAAAUUCAUAGACAAAUUUAAAAACAAUCUUGAAGAAAUCUUUGAAAAAACAAAAAAAGAGAAUAAGAAACAAAUUAUAAUGGGAGACUUCAACAUAAACCUUCUUGACUACAAUAAUCACUCUGAAACAAACACCUUCCUAGACUUUAUGUUGAACUUCUCAUUUCUUCCACAUAUAACGCAACCAACAAGGCUUAGUGAAAAAGGUAAAUACACUUUGAUUGACAACAUAUUUUACAAUGACAUCACUGAUAUAUGCACUAGUGGAAACAUUCUCAAUUCUGUGACAGACCAUCUCCCUAAUUUCAUAAUUAUAUAUCUAAAAUCAUUAGAUAGGAAUAAUCUUAAAAUGGUUAAAAGAGAUUUUUCAAAAUUCAAUUUGGAUCUUUUUAAAGAUGAUCUUCGGACAGAAAACAUCAACAAAAAACUGAAUAAUUUUGACAAUGUCAAUGACCUGAAAACCAAGAAAAAGGAUCACAAACAACUGAGAAAACCAUGGAAGAAAACUAGUGCCCAUCCUACAACAAUAAUUCAAAAUGGUAAAACUCUAACAAAACCAUGUGACAUAGCAUCAGCUGUCAAUCAAUACUAUGUGAAUGUUGCACCAAAUUUAGUAAAAAAACUUCCAAAAUCCAAGGAACAUUUUACACAUUUUUUGACAAAUCCUGUAAGUGACAGUUUUUUCUGUAAUGCAGUCACACAUGAAGAGAUGACUAGCACCAUAAUGUCACUUGAUGAUAAAAAAGCCAUUGACAUCUAUCACUUUCCAAUAAAAAUUUGGAAAGAUGUUGAUGAAAUAAUAGCUAAUCCUCUGUGUAAAAUUGUCAAUGAGUCCUUUUCAAGUGGUAUAUUUCCAGACAAGCUAAAAUUGGCAAAGGUACUUCCCCUCUUCAAAAGUGGUGACAGAUAUGAGGCGAAAAAUUACAGGCCUAUUUCCAUUUUGCCAAUCUUUGACAAAAUUAUAGAAAGACUAAUGCAUACCAGGCUGGUAUCAUUCCUUGAUUGUUUUAAUAUUAUUAACACCGCUCAAUAUGGCUUUCAAAAGCACAAGUCUACAAAUCAUGCUAUUUUUGAAGUUAUAAAUAAAGUCUCUCAAGCCUUGAAAAACAAAACACCUUCCAGUUGUGUAUUUCUUGACCUAGCAAAGGCAUUUGAUACUGUAGAUCACACCAUCCUUCUAAGAAAACUUCAUCAUUAUGGCAUCCGAGGUAUACAAAAUAAAUGGUUCGCAUCCUAUCUGACAGAUAGAAAGCAAAGUGUCUCCAUUCUGAAUAGUUUAUCUCCACCACUAAGCAUACAAUGUGGGGUACCCCAAGGUUCCAUACUUGGGCCCCUACUUUUCGUAUUAUACAUCAAUGAUAUUAGCAAUGCAUCCAAGGUCUUGGAGGUCACCCAGUUUGCAGAUGAUACUUGCUUAUUCCUAAAACGAAAAAACAAAUAUCUUCUUGUUAAGGACAUAAAUCACGAACUCAACAACAUCAGUGAAUGGCUGAUAUCAAAUGCUCUUAGUCUCAAUGUUAAAAAAUCAAAUUUUCUCUAUUUCAGGAACAAACAAGAUGAAGAAUCACCUUUAAUUAAAAUCAUGGGCUCUAAAAUCGAACAAAAACAGGUUGUCAAGUAUCUAGGUAUACACAUUGAUGACAAGCUAAACUGGGAAGAACAGGAAACACAAGUAAAAAUCAAAACAUCACAAGGUAUCGGCAUAUUGCAUAAAGUCAAACAUUUAAUACCAGCAUCGUUAAUGUAUAUGCCAGCUUCGUGCAAUCUCAUUUAUUAUACUGUAACCUUGCCUGGGGAUCUCCAUAUACCAAACUUGACAAACUUAACGUCCAAAUCGCUAAGGUUCAUAAAGUCAUUAAUAAAAUUAUAA